AUGAAAUUCUCCUCCGCUGUUAUAGCUGCUGCUGCUUUUGCUUUGAUUGAUGCUGCUCCUUUUUGGUUUAGAAGAGAUUACAAUGACACUUUACCAGCAAAUACUAUUUCUGAAGCUUCAACACCACUUCCUUCUCCAUCAACAUCUAUUAAAUUCGAAACACAAUCAACCACAGAAGAUUCAAAUAAUGCUAUCACUCCUGCCCCAACAGACACUGCCACCGAAUUAAUUACAGAAAGUGAGACUACGGCUGAAAUUAUAACUGAUAGAUCAAGUUAUUGUGAAAAUAGACAAACUGUACCACGAACUAAUUGGUACCUUUGCGAUCCGUACUGGACACCAAAUACCGUGACUGACGAACCAUCAACAUCAUUCGACUGGGGUACCGCUGUUGUAGGAUGCCUUCUUGAUGGUCCAGAUGGAACUGUUGCAACCACAUUUGAUUGGAUGAAACCUAGUCACCGAAUGCCAAUGUACGGUUGCUGGAUAACCCGUCUUGGACAAAAUGCUGAUGACGAUCUUUGGCUCCUUAAUGAUUGGGCUCUGUUUGGACGUAUGAGUAGAGAUGAUAAGGAAGAAGAUUUACCUGAGUGGGUAGAAGCUAUUCCAACAACCGUGGUGAGUACUCACUAG